GUUCAUUACUUAAACCCCGAGUGAUAUUCCUCCCCCCACUGCGGCUGGCUCCUGUGCCUAACUCCAAGCGCAGAAUCGUUGGUGCUGGCCGUAGUCGAGAAACCAGUGGGAUUCUCGUCAGAAGUAACCUAAUCCCUUCAUCCUCAUCCCUCUUCAUUUGUCAGACUAAGUUGGCCGUCACUGGCCUUACUCGCCGAACGUCCAUCCUUUGCUCUUAGCGUGCACAUUUUGCUUGCACGGGCUGGAUUACCCACACGCCGCCAUACCUUAAACCCCUAACCCAGCACUCGACUUCAAAGAAAUUCUAGCUGUCUCAUCAAAGAAUGAGCAAAAGAGGGAUGAAGACUCUCCUCCCUGCAAUCUCUCCCUCUCUUAGGUCCAACCCAACCUCCCCCUCCAAAGCUCCACUCCCAUUCCUCCAUUCAUCCAAAAUCUGCCGCCAUAACUUUCAAACUUCCGGCCAAACUCUCUUCUCCAUCGUUGCCAGUUUCAUGUCCACCUAUUCGCCAGACAAUCUCGAAGGACUUGUGGAUCCCCAUGACCCGGUUUUACUGGAGAAUUCGCGUGUCGAGUCAGUCUCGGCCGAAGAUUUUGCCUUUCUUCGUGACUCUUCGGUGGAUCAUGAUGCUGAUAGUGGGUCUUUGGGGCUGAAAUUUGAGUCCCAUAGGUAUUCGAAUGAUGCUGUUUUGAUAUCAGAUGCUAUUCGGGAUAAUAAUGAUGGGUUUGGUGACAAAACCCAUAAGUUUCUUAGGCAGGUUAGGGAGAAAUUGAAUGAAACUCUGGUGGUAGAGGUGUUGAAUCUUGUACAAAAUCCUGAAUUGGGUGUCAAGUUCUUUAUAUGGGCAGGGCGGCAAAUUGGUUACAGACACACAAAGGCGGUGUAUGAUGCAUUGUUAGACAGAUUGGGGGCUGAUAAUGAUGAGAGAAUACCAGACCACUUUUUACGAGAGAUUAAACAUGAUGAUAUGGAAUUACUUGGGAUCUUGCUUAAUGUCUUGAUUCAGAAGUGUUGCCAAAAUGGGUUUUGGAAUUUAGCUUUGGAAGAGCUUGGGAGGCUCAAGGAUUUUGGGUAUAAACCCACAAGAUGGACAUACAAUGCAUUGGUUCAGGUGUUUCUUAAAGCUGAUCGGUUGGACACUGCUUAUUUGGUUCAUAGAGAGAUGUCAAGUUCGGGGUUUAGUAUGGAUGGUUUUACCAUAGGUUGUUUCGUCCACUCUUUGUGCAAAGCAGGGAGGUGGAGGGAAGCUCUAGCGUUGAUUGAGAAGGAAGAUCUUGUGCCUGAUACAAUUCUUUAUACAAAAAUGAUAUCUGCGUUGUGUGAAGCUUCACUUUUUGAGGUAGCUAUGGAUUUCUUGAACAUAAUGCGGUCUAGUUCUUGCAUUCCUAAUGUUGUGACGUAUAGGACUUUGCUUUGUGGGUGUUUGAGAAAAAGACAGCUGGGUAGGUGUAAGAGAAUUCUUAGUAUGAUGAUCACAGAAGGUUGUUAUCCGAGUCCUAGGAUUUUUAAUUCCCUUGUUCAUGCUUAUUGUCGAUCUGGAGAUUACUCUUAUGCCUAUAAGUUGAUUAAUAAAAUGGUAAAAUGCAAUUGCCAGCCAGGUUAUGUAGUUUACAAUAUAUUGAUUGGUGGUUUAUGUGGAAAUGAGGAGUUACCAAGCUCAGACAUGUUGGAAUUGGCUGAGAAAGCCUAUGGUGAGAUGCUUAAUGCAGGGGUUGUAUUAAAUAAGGUUAAUGUCAGCAAUUUUGCUCGAUGUCUUUGUGGUGCUGGAAAAUUUGAGAGAGCAUAUAAUGUUAUUCGCGAAAUGAUGAGUAAGGGAUUCAUACCUGAUUCUAGUACCUAUUCUAAGGUGAUUAGCUUUCUUUGUAAUGCCUCCAAAGUGGAAAAGGCCUUUUUAUUGUUUGAAGAAAUGAAGAGGAAUGGUAUUGUUCCUGAUGUCUAUACAUAUACGAUUUUAAUUGAUAGUUUCUGUAAAGCUGGUCUUAUUGAACAGGCUCGUAAGUGGUUUGACGAAAUGCUAAGGGAUGGUUGUGCCGCUAAUGUGGUGACUUAUACAGCUCUUAUACAUGCAUACCUUAAAGCUAGGAAACUGUCCAAAGCAAAUGAACUCUUUGAGUUGAUGUGUUCUGAAGGUUGCAUUCCUAAUGUUGUUACGUAUACAGCUUUGAUUGAUGGCCACUGUAAAGCUGGAGAGAUUGAAAGAGCUUGCCAAAUUUAUGCCAAAAUGAAAGGUAACGUUGAAACCUCUGAUGUAGAUAUGUAUUUUAGGAUUGAGGAUGGUAAUUACAAAGAGCCAAACAUUUUUACAUAUGGAGCAUUGGUCGAUGGUUUGUGCAAAGCUCACAAGGUCAAGGAGGCCCGUAAUUUAUUAGAUGCUAUGUCGAUGGAAGGUUGUGAGCCAAACCAUAUUGUGUAUGAUGCUCUUAUAGAUGGAUUCUGCAAGGCUGGGAAGCUAGAUGAAGCACAAGAGGUGUUUGCUAAGAUGUCAGCGCGUGGUUAUAAUCCUAAUGUCUAUACUUACAGCUCUUUGAUUGACAGGUUAUUUAAGGAUAAGAGACUAGAUCUCGUGACGAGAGUCUUGUCCAAAAUGCUAGAAAAUUCUUGUGCUCCUAAUGUUGUCAUCUACACAGAAAUGAUUGAUGGCCUCUGUAAAGUUGGAAAGACAGAUGAGGCCUACAAGCUUAUGCUAAUGAUGGAAGAAAAAGGGUGCAAUCCAAAUGUUGUGACUUAUACUGCUAUGAUAGAUGGUCUUGGAAAAGUGGGUAAAGUCGAAAAAUGCCUUCUGCUCUUGAGAGAAAUGAGCUCAAAGGGUUGUGCUCCAAACUUGGUGACCUAUAGGGUUUUGAUAAAUCACUGUUGUGCCAAUGGCCUUUUGGAUGAGGCUCAUAAACUUUUGGAUGAAAUGAAACAGACGUAUUGGCCAAGCCAUAUAUCAAGUUACUACAAGGUUAUUGAAGGCUUCAACAGGGAGUUUAUUGCAUCUCUUGGGCUUCUACAGGAGAUUAGCGAGAAUGAUUCAGCUCCAAUUGUUCCAGUGUACAAAAUAUUGGUUGAUAGCUUUAUCAAGGCUGGAAGAUUAGAAGCAGCUCUGGAGCUGCACGAGGAGAUUCCAUCAUCCUUCCCUAUAACAGUUGCCAACAAGAAUAUGUAUACUUCUUUGAUUGAGAGCCUCUCCUGCACUGGUAAAGUUGGUAAGGCUUUUGAGCUGUAUGCAAAUAUGGUAAGGAGGGGUGGUGUUGUGGAGCUAAGUGCAUUUGUUCACCUUAUCAAAGGGCUCAUCUAUAUUAACAGGUGGGAAGAAGCACUUCAACUAUCAGAUAGCAUAUGUCAGAUGGAUGUCCAUUGGCUUCGACAAGAAGAGAUAUUUAACAGUAGUUAGGCAUAAGCAUAUUUCGUACUUUUGCCGAUGGUUGAAAUAAUGACAUAAUGGUGCAUGGUAAAUUUUUCUUAGAGGCAAUGCUGGGAGACCACUCACUCUCAAGUCUCAAUGUGCAUGUAUGAACACCCAAAUAAGUGAUUGGGCAUCGCAUGUGGAACAAGGUAUCAGUACUAGAAAGCUUUGAUUUUCAAUUUGGAGCAACUAGAAGUUGAAUAAAGGUUGAAGAAAAUAUUUGGUUCUUCAAUUAUUCAGACCCAUCUGUUGAUGCAGUUAAUUGAGCAUGAUGCCAGUCAAUGCUGCCAAAACUCUUCUGCUUCUGAAACACCCUUCAUUUACCUUGACAAGGAUAGUUGUCCCGGGUUGUAGCUUGUGUGGGACUGAUUAAUCUCCAUUUGUGCCUAUUUAAGAGUGAGGAAACAAAGGAAGAAACCAGAAAGUGAGGCUGUGGAUGAGAUUAGAAGUGCAGUCAUUGCAAUUUGACUUUGGUAUUAUCAAAACUGCAGCAGAAAACUUUUCUGAUGCAAACAAACUUGGACAAGGUGGAUUUGGUUUUGUUUACAAGGGCGAGCUUUCAGAUGGACAAGUUAUAGCUUUGAAAAGACUAUCAACAGAUUCUGGACAAGGAGAUCUAGAAUUUGGAACGAGGCCCUCUAUUGGCUAUGCUUCAACAUCGAAAUUUAGUUAGAGUCUUAGGCUUUUGCUUGGAAAGAAAUGAAAGGCUUUUAAUUUAUGAGUUUGUGCCCAAUACAUGCCUUGAUAACUUCAUUUUUGGUACGAUUGGACUUCUACUAUAACCUUUAGAUCAUUGCAUUCAUGUCAAUUUAUUUUGGGAUGCAUGUCUUCUAUGAGGAUGGACUUCCCCAUAUUUACUUCGGCUCA